AUGGCUGUUCCUUUUGUAACUACAGGUUUAAUUUUUGCUUUGUAUGUUAUUUUCAGACCAAAACUGCCACCUUUAUCUGCUAUUGCCGAUGCAAAGAGUAAGCAGGCUCAGGGAGUGUUGAAUGCACCGGCCGAUGCUGAAGCACCAGAGAAGCAGCAGGUCAAUAUAAGUGGCGAUAGCUCGCCAAACGGUUCGACAAGUGGAUCGUCGUCUGCCAGCAGCAGCGGAUCGUCUACACCGUUCUUGCAAAAUGAGAAUCACGAUUCAAAGAAAGGAAAGCGUGAACUCUCACCAGACUCUUUCCUCUUGCAACAGGGUAACAAUAAGAUCGAGCGAUUCUUUAUUCGUAUGGAUUGGUACAGUCAGCCAUUCUUCUGGGGUACAAACAUAGCAACUGUUAUCUUCUUUGGUAUUGGUGUUGCACUGUGUUACAGCUACGGUUCAAAGUCUAACGAACUCUCUGGCUAUGCAUUUGCAAUGGGUGUCAUGGCAGCGAUUCUAGUGUUCUUCCAAUGGUUACCACAAAUCUACACAACUUGGAUCUCCGAUGAAAUCGGUAGCCUCAGUUUGGUAUCUCUCUGUAUUCAAGUACCAGGUGCAUUAGGAAACAAGAAAGAAGAAAGUUGUGAUUUUAAAGAAAAGAUUAUACUAACAAAUAGAUCACAUAAUUCUAGGUUCCCAUAUCUUGCCACAGCAGUCCAGGAAAUAGUUUUAAUCGUUAUCUGUGCCUACUACUUGAUAAGAGAUCGCAAGAAGAGAAAGGCUGAGGAGGCAGAGAAGAAAGCAAAGGAAGAACAAGAGAAAUCCGCUGACUACUAUCAAAGCGAACCUCCAAAACCCGAAUAUUCAGAAGACAAUAAAGAUCAACCAAACAAUCAAAAUGGAAGUAUCAACAACGAUAUAGAUAUUGAUACUAGUAUAAAUAAUCAAGAUCAAAAUAACAGUAGUAAUAAUAACAGUAACAGUAAUAUUAAUAAUCAAUUAACAUCCAAUAACAGCUAUGAAAAUAAGAAUAUUAUUUUGGAUGGUAGUUCAGCAGCAUUGGUUGAAAAUGAUACUAUUUCAACUAAUUUUGUUGUUGAGAGUAAAAGUAUAGAGUCAGAUCCAAAAGAGAAUGAAAAUUCAGAGUUUCACCGUGACGAUCAUAUAAAUGGCACAGACUCUAUCGAAAUGUUUUCUAUAGAACCUUGCUUCUGGGCCAUACAGCCAAUUGUUUAA